UUAAAAACAUCAGCCCUACAGCAACUAUAGACGUGUCCCUUGUAACUGAAAACGUGAAUUUACUUCUAAUGAGCUCCCUCCUCUGUCUUUCGGGUGUAUGCCCACUUGAAACUAGCAAAGACUAUGUGCUAACUGUUUUCCUAAUUCGUCCUUCAGUCUUUCAGGAUUCCAAGUAUAUUAUAAGUUUGAAUGAUAGAGUGGGAGACUUUGCAGAUCCAGAAAAACUGUGUGUCGCAUUCGAUUUACCUAGUUUAGCUAAU